AUGAGUGAUGAGCCAGCCAGUGAACAUGGGAUAGAUGCCGUAUUCAGUCUGCCCGUCUUACAGAGCCCCCCGGAGUUCAGAGUUCAGAGUCCCGCCGAACACACCUUGCCCGGUGCCACUCGUCAUAUCCCAUCACGCAACAAGAAUGGUUCUAAACAGAACUGCGCCAAACGAACAUCCCCAGAAUAUCCCCACUCCAAAGCGCCGGAUGCGCUCAACUCCCCUCCUCAGUCCCCCCCUCCUACCGACGCCGCCGCCGCCGCCGCCGCCGCCGCCUCCUUUUUCCUUCGUUCGGCCACUUCGUCCUUAGUGUUCAGUAGUCUCCGUCGUCUCUGCGCCGCACAUUCCAGCCCGGCUCAAAAGCCAAGACCUCGAGUGAACGCGCCGUCGCCGGGUAUUCUUCCAAGUCUGCGCGCCUACGCCGCCCACGCCCACACCCAGUCGCCCGCAGCCGCCGCCGCCUCUUCAUACUCUUCCUCCUCCCCUAGAGAACGCUCAGGCAGUUUUCGCAGAGGAACUCGCACAUCUGCUGCCCCUGAAGUGUCAAGUCAAUCGUGGCCCCUUGUCGAGUCCCGUUUCAUCAGGGGACUCCGCACUUGCAAAGUCGUCUUCGCCAGCGUCGCCAGCGACGAGUCCACGCAGAAACCACACGGCCUUCCUUUCCAAGCUCUUCGACUCUGCCCUGACCGCCGCUGCUGGCCACCGGGCUUUGGCUGUACUUUGCUCAGCUGCCGUCUGAAUCCCUCGCAUACGUCCUCAGUCUAA